AUGGCUGAGAAUCAACAAAAGAAGCAGCCCGAUGACGAUGAUAGCGAAGAUGAGGAGGCCAUGAUUCAGGCCAUGCAGGAGCUGCUUAAAAUACCGGACAUAGAUCCUGCGCAGGCCGGAACCGUGGCACCAAGGCCGCUUAGUCCGACAUCGCGAGCAACCACAGUCCAUGAGCCUCACAGCGAAACCGAUGGGAGUGCGCCACAAACCAAUACGGAUUACGAGGAGAAACUGCAUCGCAUUUGGGAAGCCUCCAAGCCCAAGCGGAGGAGUGUGUUGCACACAAUGAGCACGCAGACGAACGAGAAAGAAAUGGAUACAAAGUCCUUAAAGGUGCUGCCCAAGGAACUAAACCGGCAAAGCUCGGAAAUGAUAGAGCCGAGCAGCACCAAGUGCUGUGGGGUUGGCAAUAUAUUGGGCUCGCCAUUUUGCAGGAUAAUGAAAGCAACGCAACCACCUGAAAGGAAAUUAGUUAUAGACGAGUCGCAUGAAGAAGCUGCCGGAAAUGCGAAUGAGGAUAACAGAGGACGAGGAAGUGGCGAGCGAAAGUCAGAAGAGCCGCCACCUUCCGAUCCGCCACCACCACCACCAGUGUCCAGAUCAUCCGAUGUGCCCAAUGAGAAAAAAUCGGAGGUUAGUGAGCAGCGUACAGGGAAACAAUUGAGACGCUCGGACUCAAUGCGCACACUGACAAUUGUGGGACACUCCCACAUAACCACCUACCGGGAUCAUUGUCAUAGGGAUCAGACCAAGCAGGGCAUGGACAAGACAGCGCGCAGAAAACUGAUUGUUGCCUGUGUGCUGUGCCUUGUAUUCAUGAUCAUUGAGGUCAUUGGUGGAAUAUUGUCUAAGAGCUUGGCCAUAGCCGCCGAUGCAGCGCAUCUAUUGAGCGACCUGGCUGCCUUCCUCAUCUCGCUAUUUGCGCUCUACGUGGGCGCCCGACCCUCCACACAGCGCAUGAACUUCGGCUGGUACCGGGCCGAGGUAAUUGGAGCCAUGAUCUCGGUUUAUCUCAUUUGGGUCAUCACCCUCAUACUCGUCUGGCUGGCCAUACAACGCCUGUGGACGGGGGAACAUGAUGUGGAUGCCAUCAUCAUGCUGAUUACUUCAGCAUUGGGAUUCCUCUUUAAUCUCAUUAUGGCCAUACAGCUGACCCACGGACACUCCCACAGUCACGGUCAUUCGCAUAAGCCUCGCAAGCCCAAAGUUCUGAAAAUUGUCACCUCGGAGAAGACUCUGGUCAAUGCACCGAUGGAUGCAACCAAACAGAAUCUGAUUACCAGCGUCUCCAUGCACUUCGCCCACGGCCAUUCCCAUGGCAGUCCUAAUGAUAAUAUCAAUGUUCGGGCUGCUAUCAUUCAUGUCGUGGGCGAUAUGAUCCAAAGCAUAGGCAUUUUCAUCGCUGCUCUCAUCAUAUUCUUCAAACCGGAAUGGGCCUUUGUGGACUCCAUCUGCACAUUCAUUUUCUCAAUAAUUGUGGUCGUAACGACCAUUGCCAUAAUGCGGGACGUUCUGCUGGUGCUAAUGGAGGCCACGCCCGAUUAUAUGGACUACGAGGAGGUGCGACAAACUUUCAUGCAAAUCGAGGGCGUCGAGCAUGUCCACAAUUUACGCAUCUGGGCCAUAAGUGCCGACAGGGUGGCAUUGUCAGCCCAUUUGGCCAUCUCGAAGACAGCCGAUUCACAGGAAAUUCUCGAAGAGGCCACCACACUAAUACACAGAAAACACGAUUUAUUCGAGACGACCCUGCAAAUCGAAGAAUACAAGCCUGGCAUGAAGACUUGCGACCAGUGUCUGAACCCAACGCGCCAAUCCUAA